UGUGGGUGUGGGGUGUGAGGGUGGGUGUGGGUGUGGGUGUGGGUGUGUGAGUGUGUGGGGUGAGGGUGUGGGUGUGGGUGUGGGUGUGGGGUGUGGGGUAUGGGUGGGUGUGGGUGUGGGUGUGGGGUGUGAGGGUGGGUGUGGGUAUGGGUGUACUCAUGAUUCGUUUCUCCAGUCAGCUACGCUCACCGCACGUCCACACCCACACCCACACAAACCCACACUCACACCCACACCCCCCCACCCACACCCUCAGUUUUUUUAUGUUGAAGGUGCUUCAGUUUGUUGUUAUUAAUACAUUUCGACAUCUUUCGACAAUAGUUCGUUGUUGAAAAUAAAAAAAAUCCGCUUUCUUUCGGUUCAGAUGACUAAUGACAAAGAAAUUUGUAAAACUGCUGCUUGUAUUUUUCCAAUUCUUUCUAAUGACUCAGCAUGGCCAUGUUACGAUAAUGUGAACAAGACGUGGUGCAAUUACGAACUGUUUGUUCUUUGCAGCUAUAAAAAGCAAAAGAUCGCUUCACUUCCUACAUAUUUUUCUCCUUUGAUUAACUACAUUGGCCACGCAACAAGCAGCUAUGCUGCCUGCUUCAUCAUCUUCCCCAUCGGGUAGCACAACUGACGACUGUUCGAUUUGUCUGAAUGCUUUAGCACCAGGAACACCUCUAUUGACUUUGUCAUGUAACCAUAAGUUUCAUCUUCAAUGUCUUGCAUCAAAUGUAAAAGCGCAUAACAACCAAUGCCCUCUAUGUCGAACCGGACUCGAUGCAUCACUUAUUCAAAUGCUAGCAGGCGCCGGUAGUGCAAACGUAUCUGUUAACGUUCAAACUCCAACUGAAGCUACACCAACUGUCAACGUGAGUAAAAUUCUACGUAGUCGUCUAUAGAAUUAUUAGUUGAUCUUUUAAUCAAAAAAACUAUAUAAGAUGUCUCUAAUGUCGAACGCCAAUAAGUACUUUGCCUUGGAGAAAAACAGCCGAUUCUCUCGAAGACAUUUACUACAUGAUGACUUCUAACGUAAAGAACUGGAACUUGAUUUAUGUCCCACUUUAUAUUUACAGGAGUCAUCUUAUAGAAUUUUUUUCAACUGCAUCAAAGAUCAAAAAGGUUCUACUGUUCGAAUUUAGAAGGAGUUGAUGAAUAUUUUUUAUCCUGAAAGAAAAACAAAAAAGAUUAUCUAGCGGAUCUGAGGUUUUCAUAUGAAAAAGUAAAUUUCUGCUGAAAAAGAAAUUAUUUCACGAUUGUAGACUUAAAAUAACUCUAUCAUGGUAUACCAUAGGUUGUUCCCUCAACCGAAGAUCCGGUUGAUGAAGAUGCUGUACGAGCACUCUCCGAUCGUGUCACUUCGGCUCGACAAGCCGCCAUCUCAUCAAAUUCCACUAAUGCACAUUUGAUCACUGCUUUGACUACGCUGGAAUUCGAUGGUCAAAUGUCACAUCAAGACUCAAACAUUUACGGACUUGUCACUCUUCAAGCACCUCCUGUGAGUUGGCCAUUAGAGAAUGAAUUAUCAUCAUCGUCCUCUCGUGUUCCAAUCGAUCUCAUUUGUGUUGUCGAUCAAAGUGGAUCGAUGGCCGGUGAGAAAUUGGCCUUGUUAAAACAAACAUUAAUUUACAUUGUCGAACAAAUGAGUGAGCUUGAUCGAUUGGCUAUUGUUUCAUUUAACACACAAGCCUUUGAUCGAUCUCAUGGGCUCAAACGUAUGACUCAACAAAAGUGA